CGCGGAGAUCCGGACGGAGGCCAAGGCCGGGGCUGGGUGCCGGGAGCUUAGGAGAGGUGUGCAGCUUUCGAUUGAAACCCCGGAUCCCGCUGCCCUUCGGGGCCGCCAGCCUCCGGCUCCUCUCCAGCACCAGCAGCUACUACUCGGCGACCCCCGUCCGGCCACCUCCCCUUCGCUCCGCGUCGCCCGCAGCCUUCCGUCAGCCCGCAAACGAGCCUGGCCGGCCGGGCCGUGGCCCUCCUCAGUGCCGGCAGCCAUGGCAGGGGCGCUCGGCGCGGGGGAAAUCUAGUCCGAGGAUUUCAUGAGGCCUAGCUCGGUUCCGUCUCCUGCGCCCGCGGUCCCGGCAGCUGCCGGCAACCCAGCCCCACUUCGGGCCUCCGUGUCUCUCCUGUGAUCGCACUGACACGGCCGGGGGGUUAGAAUGGAACAAACUGAAGGCUCGAUGAGAGAAAGGGAAAGUUAAGGAUGCUGGAGCAGAACAAUGGAUUUCUCCUUCUCUUUCAUGCAAGGGAUCAUGGGAAACACAAUUCAGCAACCACCUCAACUCAUUGACUCCGCCAACAUCCGCCAGGAGGAUGCCUUUGAUAACAACAGUGACAUUGUUGAAGAUGGUGGCCAGACACCCUUCGAAACUACUUUGCAACAAGGUUUCCAGUAUCCACCCACAACAGAAGACCUUCCUCCACUCACAAAUGGCUACCCACCAUCGAUCAGCUUGUAUGAAACUCAAACCAAAUAUCCACCAUACAAUCAGUAUCCCAAUGGGUCAGCCAACGGUUUUGGUGCAGUUAGAAACUUUAGCCCCACUGACUAUUACCACUCAGAGAUUCCAAACACAAGACCACAUGAAAUUCUGGAAAAACCUUCUCCUCCACAACCCCCACCUCCUCCUUCGGUACCACAAACUGUAAUUCCAAAGAAGACGGGCUCACCUGAGAUUAAACUAAAAAUAACCAAAACUAUCCAGAAUGGCAGGGAAUUGUUUGAGUCCUCCCUUUGUGGAGAUCUUUUAAAUGAAGUCCAGGCGAGUGGACACACCAAGUCAAAGCAUGAAAGCAGAAAGGAAAAGAGGAAAAAAAGCAACAAGCACGAGACACCCAGAUCUGAAGAGCGCAAAUCACACAAAAUCCCCAAGCUAGAGCCAGAGGGGCAGAAUAGACCAAAUGAGAGGGUGGACCCUGCACCAGAAAAACCAACAGAAGAGCCAGUGCUCAAAGAGGCCGUCCCGGUUCAGCCAAUACUGUCUUCUGUUCCAACAACAGAAGCAUCCACUGGUGUUAAGUUCCAGGUUGGUGAUCUUGUUUGGUCCAAGGUGGGAACCUAUCCUUGGUGGCCUUGUAUGGUUUCAAGUGACCCCCAGCUUGAGGUCCAUACCAAAAUUAACACAAGAGGUGCCCGGGAAUAUCAUGUCCAAUUUUUUAGCAACCAGCCAGAGAGGGCAUGGGUUCAUGAGAAACGGGUACGGGAGUAUAAAGGUCAUGAACAGUAUGAAGAGUUACUAGCUGAGGCAACCAAACAAGCCAGCAAUCACUCUGAAAAACAAAAGAUUCGGAAACCUCGGCCUCAGAGAGAACGUGCCCAGUGGGACAUUGGCAUCGCUCAUGCAGAGAAAGCAUUGAAAAUGACUCGAGAAGAAAGAGUAGAACAGUACACAUUCAUCUAUGUUGACAAGCAGCCAGAAGAGGCUUCAUCCCAAGCAAAGAAGAAUGUUACCUCCAAGACCGAAGUUAAGAAACCCCGAAGACCAAGAUCUGUGCUGAACAGUCAGCCAGAACAGACCAAUGCUGGGGAGGUGGCCUCCUCACAAUCAAGUACUGACAUUCGAAGACAAAGCCAGAGGCGGCACACGAGCGUGGAAGAGGAAGAGCCGCCUCCUGUUAAAAUAGCCUGGAAAACAGCAGCCGCAAGGAAAUCCUUACCCGCUUCCAUCACGAUGCACAAAGGGAGCCUAGAUUUGCAGAAGUGUAACAUGUCUCCAGUUGUGAAAAUUGAACAAGUGUUUGCUCUUCAAAAUGCCACGGGAGAUGGGAAGUUUAUUGAUCAGUUUGUUUAUUCCACGAAGGGAAUUGGUAACAAAACAGAAAUAAGUGUCAGGGGGCAAGACAGGCUUAUAAUCUCUUCACCAAGUCAGAGAAACGAGAAGCCAGCUCAGAACUCGUCAUCUCCUGAGGCGACAUCAGGUUCUGCAGGCCCAGCAGAAAAGAAGCAGCAUAGAAGAUCAGUCAGGACUCGAUCUGAAUCAGAGAAAUCCACCGAGGUUGUGCCAAAGAAGAAGAUCAAAAAGGAGCAGGUUGAAACAGCUCCUCAGGCUGCCCUGAAGACUGGAUUACAGAAAGGUGCCAGCGAGAUUUCAGAUUCCUGUAAGCCUCUAAAGAAAAGGAGUCGCGCCUCAACCGAUGUAGACACGGCUAAUUCCGCAUACCGAGACACAUCUGACUCCGAUUCUCGAGGACUGAGUGAUCUGCAGGUUGGCUAUGGGAGAGAAGUGGACAGCCCCUCAGCUGCGGCAGAUGCAGAUGCUUCUGACUCACAGUCAGUGGACUCGAGUUUGUCUCGGAGAGGCGUUGGCUCGAGUAAGAAGGACACUGUGUGUCAGAUCUGUGAAACCGCUGGCGAUUGUCUAGUGUCUUGUGAAGGGGAGUGCUGCAGACACUUUCACUGGGAGUGCCUGGGCCUGACCGCGGUCCCUGAGGGAAGGUUCAUCUGUGAGGAGUGUGAAACCGGGCAGCACCCGUGCUUUUCAUGCAAAGCGUCUGGUGAGGGUGUGAAGCGUUGUUCUGUCAAUGUUUGUGGGAAGUUUUACCAUGAAGCCUGUGUCCGAAAGUUCCCCACCGCCAUCUUUGAGUCAAAAGGGUUCCGCUGUCCCCAGCACUGCUGCUCUUCCUGCUCCAUGGAGAAGGACAUCCACAAAGCAAGUAAAGGACGGAUGGUGAGGUGCUUCAGGUGUCCAGUGGCCUAUCACUUUGGAGAUGCGUGUGUUGCUGCUGGAAGCGUCUCUGUGUCCUCCCACAUUCUCAUCUGUAGUAACCAUUCCAAGCGGAGUAGUCAUUCUGCUGCUGUAAACGUAGGCUUUUGUUUCGUUUGUGCCAGAGGGCUGAUAGUUCAGGACCAUUCAGACCCCAUGUUCAGUUCCUAUGCCUAUAAAUCUCACUACCUACUGAACGAAUCAAACCGUGCUGAGUUGAUGAAAUUACCUAUGAUUCCUUCUUCGUCAGCUUCCAAAAAGAAAUGUGAGAAAGGUGGCAAACUGCUGUGCUGUGAAUCAUGCCCCGCGUCCUUCCACCCGGAGUGCCUGAGCAUAGACAUGCCCGAAGGCCGCUGGAGCUGCCGCGACUGUAGCACGGGCAAGAAGCUGCGCUAUAGACAGAUUGUUUGGGCCAAACUGGGAAACUACAGAUGGUGGCCUGCAGAGAUCUGCAGCCCCAGGUCCGUGCCACACAACAUCCAGGGCCUUAAGCACGACUUGGGGGACUUCCCUGUGUUCUUCUUUGGUUCUCAUGACUACUACUGGGUACACCAAGGCAGAGUGUUCCCCUAUGUGGAGGGAGACAAAAACUUUGCUGAGGGACAGACUAGCAUUAACAAAACCUUCAAAAAAGCACUGGAAGAAGCUGCAAAGCGUUUCCAGGAGUUGAAAGCGCAGCGAGAAAGUAAAGAGGCUCUGGAGAUAGAGAAGACUUCAAGAAAACCCCCUCCCUACAAACACAUCAAGGCUAACAAAGUGAUAGGAAAGGUCCCGAUCCAGGUGGCCGACCUGUCGGAGAUUCCUCGCUGCAACUGUAAGCCUGCUGAUGAAAACCCUUGCGGCUUGGAGUCGCAGUGUCUGAACAGAAUGUCGCAGUACGAGUGUCACCCGCAGGUGUGCCCUGCUGGGGACCGAUGUCAGAACCAGUGUUUUACCAAGAGGCUCUACCCCGAUGCAGAGAUCAUCAAAACGGAACGGAAAGGCUGGGGCCUCAGAACCAAAAGAAGCAUUAAGAAGGGUGAAUUUGUAAAUGAAUAUGUUGGUGAAUUAAUUGAUGAAGAAGAAUGCAGACUUCGAAUCAAGCGAGCGCACGAGAACAGUGUAACUAAUUUUUAUAUGUUAACUGUUACCAAGGACCGAAUAAUUGAUGCUGGACCAAAAGGAAAUUAUUCUCGUUUCAUGAACCACAGCUGUAAUCCAAACUGUGAGACACAGAAGUGGACAGUAAACGGAGAUGUUCGAGUUGGGCUGUUUGCUAUUUGCGAUAUCCCUGCAGGGAUGGAGUUAACAUUUAACUAUAACUUGGACUGUCUGGGCAACGGCCCAACAGUGUGCCACUGUGGGUCAGACAACUGCAGCGGCUUUCUAGGAGUGCGGCCAAAGUCUGCAAGUGUGGCCGCAGCUGACGAGAAGACAAAAAAUGCCAAGUUAAAGAGAAAACGGAAACUCAGAACAGAGCCAAAGCAGAUCCACGAGGACUACUGUUUCCAGUGUGGAGAUGGGGGAGAGCUGGUCAUGUGUGACAAAAAAGACUGUCCCAAAGCGUACCACCUCCUAUGCCUUAACCUGACUCAGCCACCAUGUGGAAAGUGGGAGUGUCCGUGGCAUCAGUGUGCUGAGUGUGACCGAGCAGCCAUUUCCUUCUGUGAGUUCUGCCCACGCUCAUUUUGUAAAGAUCAUGAAAAGGGGGCUCUUGUGCCCUCUGCACUAGAAGGUCGUCUCUGCUGCUCUGACCACAACCCAGAAUCUCCCGUGUCACCAGAGUUUUGGAGCAAGAUCAAAUGUAAAUGGGAAUCACAAGAUCAUGGAGAAGAAAUCAAAGACUGAAUGGUGGUGAUUUCCUCCCCUGCUGUUCUAAACAGAAGAAGCAGUCAGAUGAUGCAUUUAAAACCAAGCGAUGCUAGUGUGUUUGCCUUCGGACUGCCUUACAAAAGGAAGAUGAGAACCAGUUCACAUGGGCUAAGCAGGGGGGUCUGCUCUCUCUAAUUAUUAUUGCUUUGGGGAUAAUUUUGUGGACAGUGACAUUCCCUUGGGGUUGCCUUUUAUUGUGCUUCAGUGUCUUUGCAACUAGCGAAAGAGGUGUCCUUGUUUGAGAGAGAGAGAGAGAGAGAGAGAGAGAGAGAGAGAGAGAGAGAGAGAGAGAGAGAGAGAGAGUUCUGUCAAUAAGAUCAAGCCUAAGAUGCAAUCCUUGGUUGUAUAAAGCAAAAUUAGCCAUUCCUUUAUUUAUUUUCAUUUUUAGGAAUUGUGAGAAGUUUAGUUUUAACAAUCUAACCUCUGUGUGAGAGUGUCUAUGUCUGUGUGUGUGUGUGUGUGUGUGUGUGUGUGUGUGUGUAUCUUUAUAUACCUCUUUACUGAGCCGUGGCUAGGCUAACUUUCCUACUCGCCAUGCCUUCUCUAGUCUCAGACAAGGCUCUCAGCAAGUAUUCAGUCUGGCCUUGAGAGCUUUUACCUCUGAGGUCUUAAACUAGGUGAGCGAUGCGGAAACUACCUGGAAAUGUGGG